AUGCCUUUUACUCUGGGAAGGCAAAGAUCAUUAUCCAUCACAUCCAGCCAAUCGUCUUUCUCAAGUCCACAACCUUCGUUCACUACACUGACUUAUCAACCAACGGUUGGAUUUCAAAAUUCUCCCAAAGUUGAAUCACCACCAUUAUUAAUUCCUCAACAACAAUCACUAGGCUCUGAAAGAAAUGAAGAACAAGAUAUAACAUCGGGCACUAGUUUAAAUUCCACUCAAAUAUCGAGCAAUAGUACUAAUCAGACUCCGAUUUUACAAUCAACAAGUCUAAGUACAAGUCAAAAUGGUAACAUUGUACCAACUCCAAAUUCCACGAGAAGUAUGUCGAUCAUAAGUUUAGACCGAAGUCCAAGAAAUUCAAUUGUUUCUCUCGAUGAAAAUCUACGAACAAGAAAUAAUAGUACCUCAAGUUUAGCUUCCUUAGGACAUGUGAAUAAUUUGGGUAAUAUUCUCACAAUGACACCCGCUUCAAACUCAAUGAAUCAGAAUUCGAAUAUAAUUGAUAAUUUCAACAAAUCAAGGAGUCACGUCAUCUCACAACAACAUCAUAAAUUAAGCUCUUCAGCUGUUAUCUCAGAUGAUGAUUCUGAUUACAACUCAGGAGGCUCAUUUUUGAAUUCAAAUAUACCAACAAAGAUUCAAAACAAUGAUAGUGCCAGAAAAAUUGUGCCGGAAAAUAAACAGUCUUACAUAAGUAAUAGACCAAAAAGGCGAAGCAUAAAAGAUGAUUCUUUUAAAGUUUUAAAGGAAGAUUUCAGGUUCAAAUUUCAUGAGUCAAACCAAGCAGCGGUACCGACUUCACCUAUUUCCCAUUUGAAGAACACCAAUUUGCAUAGUUUAAAUGCAAGUCCAACGUCGGAAUUUGUUUCAAUUAAUCAACAUGCCAACUCUGAAAAAGAGGUGUCAACUUUAAGGGGUCAGAGAGAGAAGACUACUUCAAUAUCAUCCAACAUUCCACCAAAAUCUCAAGCACAUUCAUCCAACACCAAAAAGGUGAAGAAUAACACGUUAAUUCAACAAUCAAUAUACAUAAAAAGAAAGUUAGCCUUCUCAAAAGACCUACAAUUAGAAUACUCAGGAAAUUCAUUUUCACCGUCCUCAGCAUCUUUCAAAAUGCCAUCAUCACCAACGAUAAACCCAUCUUCCUCGAAUCAUAUGACUUUAGCUCCAUCAUUAAUCGAUUCUAACAACAUGUCAACGUCAUCUACAAAUGAUAAAAUUCGUCUACCUCCACUAGAGUCUAAUAUCAUAACAAACACGAAAUCAAAUACUCCAAUGCUACCUUCAAUUACUGCUCAAAAUGAAUUAAUUAGUAAAUUAAAUAAGAAAUGGAAUAAAGCAAUGAUGUAUGAGAAGAACAAUUUAAAAGAUUUUAAAAAGGACCAUGAAACGUGGAUGAAUAAUUUGGCAAUUUUACCAAACAAAAGGAAAAGAAGUAGGAGAAUAUCGUUCGAUGAUGAUGUUGAAUACGAAAGUUAUGAAGAAUUCACCUCAUGA